AUGCAGUUGCCGGCCGCGUUACUGCUUUUGAUCGUCGCGACGAGCCUCGCAGGAUCCGGAUGCGCGCAGUCUAUUGCGCCGGCACAGGCGGAAGUGCUCAAGGUGUGUCAGCAGACUUGGAAAUUCACCGGCUGGACGGACUUCAGCGAUUGCAACAUCACAGGAGUUUCAUGCGAUACCAGCGGGAAUGUCUUAAAGCUGUUCUUAAUCAAUCAGAAUCUGACGGGUUCUAUCCCCGACGCUCUCAGCAAUCUCACCCGCCUUGGCGAGCUGCAGCUGAGCGGCAACAAGCUGGAGGGAUUCAUACCGGUUAACAUCGGCACCAUCACCUCUCUCUCUGCGCUUGACUUCACCAACAACAAGCUGACAGGCGAGAUCCCACGCUCCCUGGGAGACCUCGUGCUGCUCCAAUCACUAAACCUGGAGUACAACAAGCUCUCAGGCACUGUUCCUCUGGGUAUCGGCAAGCUCUCCACUCUUGAGUACCUGAGCCUCGCGCACAACAAUCUCUCGGGUCCUAUCCCCCUCGACGUGCCAACGCUUCCCGGCCUCACAUCGCUGUCGUUGAAUAACAACAAAUUCAACAGCUCCAUCCCACCAAGCAUCGGCACCCUCUCCAACCUCACCAACCUGGCGCUAGACAACAAUCGCUUGAUUGGGCCCAUUCCAACAACAAUCUCGGGUCUGCAGAAGCUCAAGUCCCUCAACUUGAGCAGCAACGCCUUGAGUGGAUCCAUCCCAGACACCGUCUCUGCUCUCACCAGUCUUGAGUCCAUGUGGCUGCAUGGCAACCAGCUUUCUGGCGCUAUUCCCGAUGGGAUUGGUAGCCUUACCAAUUUAAUUCACCUGUCGUUGAGUUACAACAGCCUCACCGGCUCUCUGCCAUCAGGCAUCGGCGCCCUCACCAAUCUCACUCAUCUGAGUGUGCAGCGCAACCGUCUCAACGGGACAAUCCCUGCCAUCAUUAGUGGCCUCGCAGGCUCCUUGAACCACCUCAACAUGAGCAACAACCCUCUCCGCGUGGAAGUGCCAGCACAGCUAGGGCCGCUUGCAAAGCUCAUCCACCUGGACCUCUCAUUGUGUCUGCUGAACGGGACCAUCCCCGACACCUUCACAGGGCUCACCAGUCUCGCCUCCCUUCGGCUUAGCAGCAAUGAUGUUGGCGGAUUCAUCCCUCCUUCCCUCGCGCAACUGCGUCACCUCAACGUCCUGUCAUUGGAAGACAACAGGCUGCAGGGCAACCUGCCUGUGGAGCUCAGUGCUCUCGCUGACCUCCGUGUUCUUGAUCUGAGUGGCAACGAACUCACAGGAACCAUCCCCGACUCCUACUCUGCCCUCUCCUCUCUCGAGCACCUGGACAUGAGCUUCAGCACCAUCACUGGUGGCAUUCCGGACUUCAUUGGACAGUUCUCCUCUUUGACUACUCUGAGUUUUUCCUCCACACCCAUAGGUGGCAACAUCCCCAGGAGCAUCUCAGCGCUCACCAAUCUGCAGGAGCUGAGUUUGUUUGAGUGCAACUUGACCGGGUAUAUUCCCCUUGUCAUCGGAUCGCUCUCUCGGCUCACAUCACUGGAACUCAAUGACAACCGCCUGGAGGGCACCAUCCCUGGCACGCUCGGGGAUUUGGUUGCGCUGCGUACAUUGUUUAUAAGGAACAACAGCAUCAUGGGACCCAUUCCGGCAUCCCUCGGCCAACUUCAAAGCCUUGACUCCCUGGCGAUGGGACAGAACAAUCUCAAUGACACCAUUCCUGCGCAGCUUGGCAACCUCACUAGCCUCCGCAUGCUGGGGCUCGGGAUGAACAACCUGUCUGGGCCCAUACCAGCAUCCUUUGGCAGGCUGCAAUCUCUCCAAGUAAUGGUACUGUCAGUGAACAAUCUCUCGGGCGCCCUGCCAGAGUCCUUUGGCAACCUCUCUAACGUUCUAGCCAUUUACCUGGGGAGCAACCUGCUGGACGGCACCCUUCCUUCCACCCUGGGCGCUCUCAACCAGCUGCUGGAACUGGACCUGUCAAACAACACGCUGCAGGGGUCCAUCCCUGCGACCUUCAGUGCGCUCUCCAACCUGCGAUCUCUCGACCUGGCGCAGAACAUUCUCAACGGCUCCCUGCCAGCCUUCCUUGGGAACUUGACGAACCUCGAUACCUUAAACUUUGCAGAGAACGAUUUCAAGGGCAAUGUGCCGACUGAUUUCAGUCAGCUGUACCAGCUGGAGACCCUUGACCUGAGCAACAACGUUCAACUUGUUGGUAUGAUCACUGCCAGCCUUGGACAACUCACCAAUCUCUCCGACUUUAACGUGGCCGGCACGUCACUGUUUUGCCCCAACAACUCGCUCCCCUGCGCGCUUCAGCCCAACCCGGACUCGGGCUACUGUGGUUUCUGCCAGGAGUUCUGUGAUCGCUGUGGAGGCGGCCCAGCACCACCGUCGCCACCGAUAGUGCCACCGCUGCCACUGCCCCCGCCAUCGUCUGGACCACCAAUGCCGUUCCCCCCUAAUGGUGGAAACGUCCGAGUGCCGCCCAGGCCCGUCAACGCCACCACCCCGCCACCCAGCAGCGGGGGCCUGUCAGGGGGCGCCAUAGCGGCCAUUGUGAUCGGGCUGCUCAUUGUGCUCAUCACUGCUGCUGGCCUCGCAUACAUUGUCAUCACCCACAAGCCCGACGCGCCUGACCAUGAGGACCUGCUGGUGUCAACAGCACCGUCAUCUGUGGGAACCAACCGCGACGAAUAUGCGCGCAUGCGUAAGCCACUGCACCACCCUGUUGCUGCCAAUUCCACGCACACACACAUCGACACAUAA